AUUGCCCGAGGGCCAAUUUCGAUGGAAUUUCUGGAUGCUUGAUCGAGAGUUCGAUCAAGAAAGGCAGUCGCUUCAUCUCGUUCUGGGCCGGGAGGAAGGGAUGGUGAGAUUUUCGUUGAGUGAGGCGGUGCGCAAGGACAUCUCCUUCUCGGGGCUGCGGCUGAUUCCGAGGCCCGAGAGCGGGGAUGUGUUGGUUCCCGCAUACAAGGGAGAGGAGGCGCAGGGCGACGCACUGACAUUCCUCCGCCUCUGGGGCCUUUGGGCGAUCGGCAUGGGAUUGUCGCCCGAUCUGACCAAGCAGAUUCUGGAGAAGUACAUCCGAAUCACGUUCCACCUCCCGACGUUCGCGGACCAUGCGACUUGGGACGAUUUCAUCGACACCUACUUCGCCACGCACCGUCUCACCGGAGCGCAAGAAUUUAAGGACUGGUACAGGAACAUCGUGCAGAAGGCGGGACUGCUCAUCACCUGGUACUCAUACUCAGAGCUGGCGAUGGCGACCGACUUCUUCGCGGCUGCCAAUCGGCUCGGCCAGGGAGCCGAGGGAGUGGUCUUCAAGGCCCGACUGCGCGGGCCGCUCGGGGUGGUCAUGGACGCAGCCGUGAAACACUUCAAAGGAAUGCCGCAGGAGAGCCUCGCCAGGGUGCUGCGCGAGGUGGCAAUCCAUCGAGAAAUUGACCGAGCCCUCGUCCCGGACAUGGUGCAUCUCGUGGGCUACUGCACAUGCGCCAGAGCGCCGCUGCUCGUGUUCCAGUUCAUGGACAAUGGCAAUCUGCGGCACCAAUUGGAAGGAGUGUACGGGGAUUUCCUGCUCGAGCAUCCGAGGGCGAGGCUGUCAGUCGCCAUCGACCUGGCAAACGCCAUCGCGCAGCUGCACUACAAAGGCCGCUGGCCAAUCUUCCAUAGGGACGUGAGGUCGACCAAUGUGCUGCUGAAUUCCAACUGGCGGGCCAAGCUCACGGAUCUGGGCCUCGCGGUGACGAUCAAGAGCGAGGCGGACAAGCGGAUUGCGCCCGUCUCCUACUCGCAAGGCUACGAGGAUCCCGUUUACACGCACACGCGAGUGCUGCACGACAAGACGGACGUGUACAGCUUCGGGGUGGUGCUCAUGGAGCUGGUGACGAUGAUGAAGGUGUGGGAUCCGCAGCGCCGCCCCGAGCGAUCGCUGGCGGAGCUCGUUGUGAAUCGCACCCGGAGCGGCAACCCGUACACUCUGAUCCGGUACCCCGACAAGGGGGGCUGCCAUUCGAGCGAUGUGCUCGAGAAGAUGAUGCACGUCGCUGUUUCGUGCUGCCAUAAGGACCUGGAGCAGCGACCGACCAUCGAUCAGGUGGCCACCGAUCUGCAGGACUUUCGCAGCCAUGGCUCUCGCCGCAAAUGGGUCGUCGAUCAGAGCGAGAGCGCCCCGGCCCCGGACUCGGGCUGCAUCGGCUGGAAGUGGGAAUUGGACCCCGACCCCAAACCCUUCUGAGCUCGGAAUCUGCCAUAGAUCUCGAGCUCCUCCUCACCUCGUGAGAAAGCUCUGCGAGCCUCGCGAGUCGAACUGGGCACCAUGUUUCGUGUGCGAGCUGAGGUCCAAGGUCCAAGGGUCAGACACGAAUCCAUUCACCCAUUCGUAUCUGAGCGACCACGUGUGAAAGAGACGAGCUCUUCAGCGCUCUUCGGACCUGGUGGUGCAUUCUCAUGAAUCAAGAGCCGAACCGUCUGAGCGUUCGGGUCCAUCCUUCAGACGAUGGUGAUCUGAUCCAGGCCGUGUGGAGGAAUUCGGCUACCGAUCCGACUCGUCUGUGAAAUUCCAGGAGCAAUUCGCUGAGAUUUUGCGAAUGUGAUUAGCUCGAGCUCCCGAAGGCGCUGAAGCAGAUGAUAUAUAGGCUCCGGUGCUGAGGGGGAUCGGAUGGGAUGUCGGAGCUCUGGAGGUCACCGAGGCAUUACGAUAUAGAGGAGUCGGUGAAGGUGAAGCUGGGAGUGGUUCUGAGCGACCCGCCAGCGGAUGAUGCGAGGGUGUACCUUCUGCUGCCGAUCCUGUUCGAGCACGAGGAGAGGGAGAUCUUCGAUGGCUGGAUCAAGUGCUUCGGUCGCUGGGCCAUGCAGGAGGGCCUUUCGGACGAUCUGGCUCUCGUCUUCGCGCUCGAGUACAUGAAGUGCACCGCCUUCUCGUGGUCUCGCCAGUUCUGCGAAGGGCACACUUGGGAGGACUUCGUCCGCCGCUACUACCAGCGAGUGAAUCCCGAUGACUCCAAGGUCGCUCAAGGUUUGUUUGCUCUGUUGCCAUCAUCGCCGCAAGCUCGCUCUCGAAUUCCGGAGCCAUUCAUGUCCAGAGUCUGAACCCGAUUGUGUUUUCAGACGUGAAGCGCUACAUGAAGUGGUACCGCAAGGAGUAUCGCAAGACCAAGAGGAGACUCGAUGCCACACGCUUCUCUGCAAGGGAGUUGGCCAAAGCGACCAACCAUCACAGUGAGGAGAAUCUGAUCGGACGCAGUGUGUACCUCGGGCGAUUACCCAACUCCCGCCUCGUGGCCGUCAAGAAAUUGUCGGGGUCCCUGAGCUGGGAGGCCCUGAGGCAAGUCCAGCGCGAGCUCGAAGUUGUUUCGCAGAGCAGACAUCCGAAUUUGGUGCGGUUGAUCGGCUGCUCCCUGGUUUUGAACGAAGCGAGUCUGGUGUAUGAGCACAUUCCCAACGGGAAUCUGAGACAGCACCUGGAUGGAUCCCUCGGGGUAAAACCGGACUGGGAGACUCGUUUAAGAAUAGCUUUAGAAACAGCCCAAGCACUCACACACCUCCACUACUACUCGUUCCCUCCAGUCAUGCACGGGGAUGUGAAAAGCAGUAACAUCCUCUUGGCCAAUCCUCCCAUUGUUAAGGUUGCAAAUUUCGGCUUCUCCAGGACUACGAUUGAUCUGGCUAGAGCUGCGGGAUAUAUAGAUCCCCACUAUCUGCAGACGUACCAGUUGUCCGCCAAGAGUGACGUUUACAGCUUCGGCAUUGUGUUACUGGAGAUCGUGUCCGGUGCCCAAGUGGUGGAUUUCAGCAGGCAUAAGAGCAGAAUCACCAUAGCUGCUUUGGCGACUAACAGUCUGAAGAACGGCCGUUUCAGCGAGUUGGUAGAUCCGUACUUGGUUUUAACUGGUAGUGCACAAGACCUUAAGCAGUGCAAAAAAAUGGGCAGACUAGGCCUGAAUUGCGUGAGCAUGGACCCUCAUGCCAGACCUACGAUGAAAGAGGUUCUCAACUAUCUGAAAGAUAUCUUCUUCGCCCGCCCCUCACAAAU